AUGGAUGGGCAUCGUUUCUACUCAAGUCCCAAUGUGGGCAAUAUACGCUAUUCAUUCGUGAUUCAUACGUGUGAAAUGCUUUGUUACACUUGUAGGGAUCAAUGGAACCAGCGUGUUGGUAACCUCCCAAUGAACGCGCCUGGUGCAAAUGCCAAUUUCAUACNCAUACCGAAUGGAUUUCGUCAACAGUCCAAUUUCUACAUUCCUCAGCAACAACAAACUACGCAGCGUUGGAAUGAUGAUAUGGGAGGUGCAGCCACAAAAUCGUGGUCUCAACAAGGUCCUCGUGAUGAGCACAAAGAAAGAGAAUUGUUUUCGUGUGUGAACAGUGGCAUAAAUUUCGAUAAAUAUGAGGAGAUUCCAGUGGAGGCAUCUGGUAGUGAUGUACCUCGGCCGUGUGCAUCUGUAAGUUCUGUUCAGUUUUUAUGUCUGGAUAAUUUUGAAUACUUUGAAUCAUUUGUUUGCAUUUUUCCUCGUAUGGUUGUAAGAAUGCAUGAAUUAUAUUUAUUGACAAGAUUACCAACCGGUUAG